AUGCCAAAUUAUUUAAAGCAAAAACAAUAAAAAGGGAGAAAUCUCUUUUUAGAUUGAGCCUUUGUUGAACAGUGCUGCCAGAAAUCCUGCAUUUUGCCUGAGCUGGCUUUUUGUAAUGGCUUCGCAGUGGUGUUACCGUGGUGGCGGGGAAGUGGAUGUGAUCAAGUGCAAGUGAUGUUUGUGUUUAGUUCCCCUGUACAUACCCAAAGACAUAAGAGCUGGAUAGCUUCUGAGCUGCAAGGUCCAUAACCCCACCACCCCUGGGUUAGAGAGCUGCAUGGAAUUGUUUUCUGCUUAAUCUCUGCAGAGGCAGGUGCUUCAGAGUAAGUUGUGAUAGUGUUUCAUUCUCUAGCGCUUAAGCUGCAGAAUGGAUGUUCUGCAGUCGUUGGCGUUUUCCCUGUGGAGAGGGAUGAGUUAUGAGAAUUGCUUCACUUGAAUCCCCCUUAGGGCAGGUAAACCCUGUUGAUACGUCCAUGUCGUAGAAUAAGCCAUAAAAACGUGAUGUUUCUUAGCUUUCGUGGACAGAGAAGAACCAAGAGUCUCACAAAUAAACAAAGACUGUUCUGCCUCUGAGCUUGUCAGGCUUUGGAGCUGAAUAAAUAAGGGCUGUUUUGCAUUAAGUAGAGCAGAUGUUGCUGCAUGAGGACACGCUUCUCAGUCGUAGGGAAGAUGGACUUGAGUUUGUCUUGAUGAACUAAACAAAUUCAGGUUGUGUGUGGCCUCAUCCUGCCUCCUUAAGACGCCAUUGUUACCCGUGCUGAAUUAUUCAUAUUCUUCGUGUUGUAGGAAUGCUAAGUUUGUAGGUGAAAUCCAUAAAAAGCAAAGAGAAUGUGUUGCUGAAGGUGGUAUCUGCUUUACGGUCUUUCUUGCUGGGGUGGCUGAAUGUAACAGUAGGAGCUGUAUUUGGUAGGUGUUGCUAUGAAUUCUGAAAAAUACUAUGCCAUGUUGUGGUGGUUUGUGUCAGUACUACGUCUUCCAGAAUACAAAGGCACUUCAGAGUGAGCUUUGAAGGGAUGUUUCUUCAUUAAGACAAAAUUCAAGUACUCUGUGACCUCAAAACGGGGAAAACAUUGUCCAUAGAGUAGAAAAAGGGAAGUGCUCCCAUGUGUAGUAAAAUGAGGAGCAAUUCUACAAUUGCUUCCUGUUCCAAAUAGGGCACUGAAAAGGCAGUAGUAAUGUGAAGGCUUUAAACUGCCAAGGAGUUUGACCUGCUUACGUUAAAUUCUUGCUCUGGAUUCUUUUCUAGAGGAGUCCCUCUCCUUUCUCUGAUGGAGACUAAUCUUCAGGGGCUAAAGUUUGCUGCUGUUCCAUUUCUACUUGCGUUGGUGGGAGCGUGGGACCCCAGGAGACAGCAACGUUAGUGCUGUAACCGAGCAGAGGUAUUCAUAAUCUCAGAGGUGACAAGCACGCUCAGGAUAACAGAUAUAUUUGUCUUUUUAAUAAGUUUUUAGGAAGUGUUUGUCUUUUCCCUCCCCCAGGCAGAAGUUAAUUCAGGAAGAUGGGAUUUACCCUGUGAUAAAGCUGACCCCAUUGUGCUGCCUUUCAGCGUUUUAUCUUUCAGGGAAGGAACUCCUUCCUUUUUCCCUUAAGUCUGUCCCUACCCUUGCUCUUUUGAUGGGUUUAUACAGGAUUUCCUGCGAGUCCCUAGAGGAGGAAUGCAGGGAGGUAGCAGCCUGGCUUCCUUGGCCCUCCUCCACGCAGGGAGCCUUGGCCGUGCUUCAGCCAGAGGAUAUUGCAGCUCGGCGGAGGCCGAAGUCAGCACUGCCUUUUGACUUAUCCCUUGGAGCCUUUCAUCUAGUCCCUCCAUGUCCGUAGCCAGGAAGCAUUUCUCUCAUCAUGAGUUCUGAAUUAAACGUUCCAGUGGAUCCUUCCACUCCUGCUUGCUGCUCUGAACCUGGCACAAAAGGCAUGGAUUAUCGGGACUGGGUCCGGCGGAGCUAUCUGGAGUUGGUCACAUCAAACCACCACUCUGUUCAGGCCCUUUCAUGGAGAAAAUUGUACCUGAGCCGAGCCAAACUGAAAGCUUCCAGCAGAACCUCUGCUCUGCUCUCCGGGUUUGCAAUGGUUGCCAUGGUGGAGGUGCAGCUGGAGGUACAGUACAAGUACCCCCAGAUGCUGCUGAUCGCUUUCAGCGCCUGCACGACAGUGCUUGUGGCAGUUCAUCUCUUUGCCCUUCUCAUCAGCACCUGCAUUCUGCCUAAUGUGGAAGCAGUGAGCAACAUCCACAACCUGAACUCCAUCAGUGAAUCCCCGCAUGAGCGCAUGCAUCCCUACAUCGAGCUGGCUUGGGGCUUCUCCACCGUCUUGGGGAUCCUCCUUUUUCUUGCGGAAGUUGUGCUUCUGUGCUGGAUAAAAUUUCUGCCUGUGGGCUCCAUCCUGAAAAACGAGACCAGCAACGCCGAGAAGCCCAGCAGCCACGCGGGUUGGCAGUCAGCACUGGUCUCCACCAUCAUCAUGGUCCCAGUUGGUCUGAUUUUUGUCGUUUUCACCAUUCACUUCUACCGCUCUUUGGUUCGGCACAAAACGGAGCGCCACAACCGAGAGAUCGAGGAGCUUCACAAACUGAAAGUGCAGUUAGAUGGGCAUGACAGAGGCAUGCAAGUAGUGUGACAGAGGCACAGUCUGCUUCCAGCAAAUCCACUCAGCUAAGGCUAAGAGCAAAAUACCUGUUUUGCUAGUUGGUGAGAUGCAGCAGUGAUGGAUUGUUUUGAGGCUUAAAUAAACGCUAAUUGCCUGCCAUAUAUAGCUGUGGGUUCUAGUGCUGUUUCAGAUGUUGGGGUCUCUGGCCUGUUCCUGGUCCUACACACUUGUGUACUUAACACUGCCAUGGAGUUCAAGGUCUUUAUCUACCUUAACAUUGGUUCAAUUAGCCAAAAAUCUGUAUUUUUUACGAAUGCAAUAUACUGUUGCCAAAAGUAAAACUGCAUCAGCAGUCCAAAAAGCCAGUGUGUGUGUGUGUGUGUGUGUGUGUAGGACCUGUUUUAUGUGUCAGAACUCCCUGGCUGUCAGUGCAGCAGCAAUUAACUGUCAGCUUGUUUCUAGAGCUGUGCUGGUUAAUGUGGAUAUCUGCAGCUGACUUGAGGACAUCCAGGAAAGCACGAUAGGAACUGUGAGCGUUGAUCACCUUUGUUCCAAAGCAAGUAUUCAGUAAAUACAUAACCACAAAGAAAGCAGCCUUAGCUUUUAUGUUCUUUUCUUGCUAUUCCUUACUAUAUUUUUACAGCUGGGGAGGUAGAAUUUUGAAUUGCAGGCAGCUGGGAAGAGUCACAGACUGGUUUGGGCUGGAAGGGACCUUAAAGAUCAUUUAGUUC